AUCUAGUUGGUGUCCGAGAUACGCAUUCUUUUAAUAUGAAAAUUGCUAAUUAACAACGAAUUUUCAAAGUGUGCUGUCCUGUAUCGGAAUUUGAGGGAUUUUGAAGCAAAGAAGAUCUAUUUCAACUGAAUGAACACCAAUAUGGUUUGAAAAGCUUCGUGGAGUAGAGAUACGUCGUUUUUAAUCCUCUCAGACAUGAAUUCCUGUGUUGUGUACAUUUUUACAGUGAUUUUUACUUCAGGCUUAAUACUUCGCAGCGCAAAUUCAAAUGUUUGUACACCGGAAUCAUGCUCUCCAUCGACAAUAGAUCUUACAGCGGUUCGCGAUGCUGUAAUUAGGGCGAAUUCAACCUGUGGUGUAAACAAAACUGAGGAUUUUUGUGUAAACCAAAAUUGUGAUUACAAAUGCGACAAUACAGACCCUUCAAACUAUCACGGUGUAAACCUAACAAUAGAUAAUGUGAACGAUGAUACCUACUGGAAAUCUGAAAAUUUAAAGGAAAAUGUUGUUCUGGACUUAGAUCUAGGACACCCUUAUUUCUUUGUUGAGAUUACGGCUACAUUUGCGUUCAGUUAUCCAGCGGCCAUGUAUUUUUCAACAUCUGACGACCAUGGGGCAAGCUGGCGAACUUUGGUAUACUUUUCUUCUGAUUGUGCGAAAUAUUUUAAUAUGACUGCUGUAGAAGAUAAUGAUCGAGAUGGGUUUAUUGUGCAGUGUUUUAGACUUGAUUCUGCCAACACUAAAGUGACUGAACUGAAGGCAUCUUACCAGCCAUGGAGAGAUCAACAGUUUGCAGCAAACAUACACCAAAAUUACACGCUACAACAAGAAUUUUUAGCUACCAACUUCAGAAUGGUUUUAGUGAAAUUUGAAGUCCCUCCAGGAUUUGACCCUACUAAAGCAGAUGAAAGAAUAUUCUAUUUUGCUGUUCAGGAUUGGUAUAUUCGGGGAAGAUGUUACUGUCAUGGGCAGUCUGGUGAAUGUAAUGCAGAGGAAAGCUGGAAAUGUAAUUGCUUAAAAAAUACAACUGGUGAUCAGUGUGAAAAGUGUUCUCCAUUGUUCAACAAUCAAAAGUAUGAAUCAGGAAAAGCGUGUACUGGAUGUCAAUGUAACAACCAUUCAUUAAGUUGCGAAUAUGACCCAGUCAAAGAUCAUGGUGUUUGCCAAAACUGUACUGGUUUCACCACUGGUGACACAUGCAACCAAUGUUUACCAUAUUAUUAUGAAGCACUGUUACCUGCUGAACAUCCCGAUCGAUGUCAAGCUUGUCAAUGCAAUGAUGCUGGUAUAACUGGAGAACCAGGAAGUGACCUGUGCGAUGAAACGACAGGACUUUGUGAAUGCAAGAGCAAUGUUACUGGUAGAACUUGUGGAGAGUGCAAAAAUGGUUACUGGAACUUGAGAAAAGAUAACCCCUAUGGAUGUCAAAGGUGUAUAUGUGAGCCUGCUGGUACACUCAACGGUUCCACUGUUUGUGACAAAGAGACAGGACAGUGCAAAUGUCGCGACCAUUUGGUUGGCUUAGAAUGUACGAGAUGUGAGGAUGGUUAUUUUGGCUUGACGUACAAAAAUCCCAGCCCCUGCGAAGAUUGUUCAUGUUCUCGUGUUGGGUCUGUCAAUAUCACUUGUGAACAAACCACUGGAAGCUGUUUUUGCCGGGAAAAGUUUACCGAUAACAAUUGUUCGACUUUGGAAACUGGAUAUUAUGUUCCUGGAGUGCCAGAGAUGACGUAUGAAGCAGAGCAGGCUGACCCUAGUGCUGAAUAUCAUGAUCUGGCAUCCAACAUUACAGGUGUACUGAUUGAUGGCACAUCCGCUUCUCGUUCUGUUGUAUUUAACGUGAACAUCCCGAAAACGACAGUUUAUGCGCUGGUUGUCAGAUAUCAGACUUUAGUUGAAUGGAAAGAUGUUUCUCUAAAAGUGGAAUCGUUGUUAAAUCCAUUUUCACCGUUUUCCUGCAAUGAAAAUGCUCCAGUAACAAAUCGAUCUUUCGUUCUGACUGCGAAUGUUCCGUCUUCCUCUACCGCAAUCAACUUUGGAGAUAGUUGCCUCGUCGAAGGACCUUACAGAAUAACUCUGGAUUUCCCGGCGCUGGCAACGAGUCGAAGCGGAGCGCCGAAAUCCACUGAAGCACUUGUAGAUUCUUUGGUCAUUUUACCAAGCGUGAAGAACAUUAGCAACCCUAAAGCAGACAACGAAACUUUAACUUUUUACAUGAAAGCGUUCUCCUUCGACAGUUGGUCACGAAAUAAAGAAAACGUCCAAAAAGCUUUGGGGCCUUACUAUUCUUAUCUAUACGAUGGCGGAAAAUCAUGUUCUUGCAAUGAAACUGGAUCAGUUAAUCGCAGUUCUUGCGAUAGUGAUGGUGGCCAAUGUCACUGUAAACCAAACGUUCAUGGACUCAACUGCGACCGUUGUAAACCGGGAUUCUAUAGCUUUUCCGACACUGGCUGCAAAGAGUGUAACUGUGACCUCGUAGGAUCGAAGGGGACACUAUGUGAUCAGCUGACAGGCAAGUGUCAGUGCAAGGAAGGUGUGAUCGGACAACAAUGCACUCAGUGUAGGGCAAAUUAUUAUGGUUUCAACAAUGGUACUGGCUGCUCACCUUGCCUUUGUGACCAACAAUAUUCGAGAAAUCUUCAAUGUGAUGGAAAUAGUGGGGUUUGUGAUUGUUUGCCUGGGGUGAAAUUACCAAAGUGUCACGUAUGCAAUGAAACUUCGUUUAAUCUCACUUUACAAGGUUGUGACGAUUGUAAUUGUGACGAGGAUGGUAGUGCAUCGUUGAAUUGCAACAAACAAACUGGGGAAUGUCUUUGCAAAACUCUGGCUGUUGGAACAAAAUGCAAUUCGUGUCUGAAGGGAUUUUACUACGGCCUUGAUAAAUCUCAUCCCACCGGCUGUUUGAAGUGUCAAUGUUCUGGUAAAACUGUCAACUGCAGUAGUAAGCCCAACAUGUAUGAAUCCAGUGUUGCCACUGAACUCGAUCCAGUGACGAUUGACAUCACUAAAUUUAACUGGACGUCAACUAUAGGAAAUCUAACAUCUGGCAUUGGUGUCGUUAACGGUAGUUUCCUCGGUUUCAUUGAAUAUACUUCAAAUACAAAUGAGGUGGCGUACUUCAAAGCUCCAGCAAAAUACUUGGGAGACAAACGCACGGCAUACCAACACAAUUUCACAUUCUUUCUAAGACAAGAUCAUGCAGAUAAUCCAUUUGACACUAUUAAAGGUGAUGUUAUCUUGAAAGGAAAGUGGUUCCCACAAAACCUGGUUUAUAAAUUUGACAAAAGUCCUGGUGAUGAUUUCUCCGAGUUUUCGGUUUUCUUCGGUGAAGAAUAUUGGAAGGUUGGUAAUACAACUGGUCGGAAUGCAACUUCUUAUGAAAUGGUAAUGGUACUCAGUGAACUGGAAGGACUUUGGAUCAGAGCUAAAUGGUCAAACACAACGCCAGCAGAUUCAGCGAUCGCCAGAAUCGCAAUGGCGUUUAGUAAAGAAUACAACAGUUCCGCAGUCUCAUCUGAUCUGCGAAUGACGAAAUCUGUCGAGUUAUGUGAAUGUCCACGAGAAUUUACUGGAGAUUCAUGUGAACGAUGUGCCGAGGGCUUCACUCGUAUGGUGCCAAACUCCGGUCCCUAUACGACAUGUGUGCCCUGCAGUUGUAAUGGUAACAGCGAUCGAUGUGACCCGGAUAUCGGCGUUUGUAUAGGAUGCAAACACAACACUACAGGUGACCAUUGCGAAAGAUGUUCAACCGGUUACUAUGGCAAUGCUACGCUAGGCUCUCAACAUCCAUGUAAAGCGUGCUUAUGUUAUGGUGGUCAUAACUCAUGUCACUUGACCAGUGAUGGUUCGUUUAAAUGUGAAUGUAGUACUGGUUAUGAGGGUGACCAGUGCGAGAACUGUACUGAUGGUCACUAUGGAAUACCAACUGAGCCUAACGGGAUCUGUCGUUCUUGUCAUUGUCACUCAAAUGCCCCAACAUGCAAUCGAACCACAGGAGAUUGUUCGCCAUAUUGUGAAAAAAAUACCGCUGGUUUCAACUGCCAGUUUUGCAAAGCUAAGUUCUUUGGCGAUGCUACCAGUGACGUAUUAUGUCAAGCUUGUAACUGCUCAUCUCAAGGAAGCGUGAACAAUACUUGUGAUCGACUUACCGGAGACUGCCAUUGUUUCCAGAACGUUAUAGGACGCACAUGUUCUAAAUGCAAACCAGAGGCCUGGGGCUACUACGAUAAUGAAACUGGUUGCAAAGAUUGUGGCUGUUCUUCAGAUGGUACACUCAAAGAUGACUCUGGUAAACUUCAGUGCAACGCUACGACAGGAAUUUGCCCAUGUAAAGUGAACGUGACGGGUUCGCAGUGUGAUAGAUGUAUUGAUGGACUCUUUGGUGUCAGUCUUGGCUGUGUUGAUUGCAACUGUAAUAUGACCUACUCGAAUCAUACCAUAUGUGAUCCCCGGAACGGUCAGUGUCAGUGCAAACAAAGUUCUGCUGGAGGGUUCUAUGGAGGGAGGCAGUGUACUGAUUGUCGCUGGGAUGCCGUAGGUUCAUUCCCAACAUGUGCUCAAUGCAAUGAAACGUGUUACGAGAAUUGGUAUCAUCUCAUCGCAGAGGAAAGGAACAAAGUUAACGAGCUGUCUCAAAACGUUACGAAUGUUUUACAAAUAUUCGACGGUAAUUCUGUCGAAGAUAUAAAUAAAAAAUUAUCAGAACUGAACAAAAAGUUGGCUGACUCGGAAAAAAUAUUCAAAGGGUCGGAACUCAAUUUAACAUACAAAGACGCCGAGUAUAAUAAGACGAGGGAAAAAUUGACCACCUUAACAAGUGACUUAGACAAGGCCAACGAGACCUUAACAGAAAUUAUGUCGUAUCUAGACAGCGUAAUUUCACCUUUUGAUGGAACAGUUACUGUCAACUCAACAGUUCCACCUGUUCAAGCGAAUUACACCACUAUUCGAAACUGGGCUGAACAAAUAUUGCAAGAAGUUGAAAGAAAUAACAGAACUGCCCACCAGAAUUAUGAAAAUAUCAUGUCCCUCUAUGAUCAAAUCAAGCAACACAAUUCAAGCGGUGCCGAGGCUGCUGAAGAAGUAAAGCAAUCUGUGAAACGUCUGGACGAUAUCACGAACAAAAUAAACGAAACAAAAUCAAUAUUAAACCAAGACUUCUAUGAUAACGUCCGGGAAAAUAACCGGAAACUUGAGAAGCUUAGUCAGGAUUCCAAGGAGGUCAGUCGCCUGGUCAAUGAGUCUUCGUUAAUUUCUCACGCGGCCUCAGAAAUGUUAGAUCAUGCUCAAGGAAAUAUCUCUGAAGCACAAGAUAAAGCCAAGAACAACUUGAAAGAAAGUUAUUCUGCCUACAACGAUAGCGUAGAAGUUCAGAAGAGGUCGUACGAAGCAAUGAACACCUCUCAUGAGUUUAAGGCAAACUCCAGCAAACUCUUGACUCAAGUCGAGACCGCUUUAACUGAAGUUAAGACUAGUAUUGACGACAUGUCGCGUGCUCGGAGCAAUCUCGGCAACGCUACGGAGAUUGCCGAUGAAGUGCUCGCAAUGACCAUUCCUGUCAAAGAGCAAACGAUCAAUGACUUAUCGCAACAGAUCUUGAGCAUAGAAAUAGACCGGGCUUUGGUAAAUGAGACCUUGAAGAACGCCACGAAAAGACUGGAGAUUGCGAAAGAAGCUCAACAAUUGGCUGAGAGAGCUGUGAAUAUUUCAAACACAACACUUGAACAAGUAAGAGAAAUUGAAAUUAAGAUUGUGGAAGCUCAUCAGCGCCGCCAAGAGGCAAGGAAAUUGCAAAACUCCACCGAUCAGAUGGUUACCGAAAUUAAUAGAAUUACAGAACAGGUUGAAGACGAAUAUUCAGAGGCGAAGACAGCUGGAGAAGCGACAUUGAUAUUACUGAACAGAACCAUUGAGGAGAUUGACAAGAGUUUGGACUGUUUCAACGAGUCAAAACAACUUGUAAUGGAUGCGAGCAGAAUGGCUAACCUUGCUUAUAAUCAAAUCAUUAUUGCGUCAAACAUUCACAACGAAAGUGAAACAACGCUUCGCGAUAUAGAGACAAAAUUAAACACCUCUUAUACUAUAGCCAUGACAUCGUAUCGUAAUAUUACUGCCACUUACCAAGAUGCCAGCAAACUUUAUGACGAGGUCAAGGAAGCUGAAGACCUUCUGAAACACUAUAUCGCACAGAGGGAUGAAAUGGACUCUCUUACAACUGAGGUAGACCAGUUAGAGACACAACUAGAAACAUUGAAUGAUGACUUGGAUAAAAAAUUGCAAGAAUACGAGUCGUGUAAUGGUGAUGGUUAACCAAUGGUAUCGCAUCAGGCUUUUUUAUUAUGAAAAUGAAAAUAUAGGAAAAUGCAUAUAAUACAGGAAGAAUAUUACGUUAGAAAAGGCCAAGGGCGUCAAUCCAUGGCAAAAAAAGGGGAGAGGGUGAACAAAGUUUAAAUUAUUUGGGGAGGUUCGAGAUGACGAAAAUGCUUAAUUAUAGUCCUUUUAUCAUUUUUCGCAUACUAUUUUGCCUGAAAUGUAUUGUUUUUUUUGCUUAUAUAUCGCUUUUUGAAUCGCAAUGUAAAAUGAUUUAUCAAACAAGGUAAUACUUGGGGGGAAAUUUUGAUAUUCGUCCCCGCCUGGGGUAGUCCGGUGGAUUGACGUACUUGAUGAAGGUAUUAAGACAGAAUGCAACCCUUCGGCUUCGUACACGCAUUGCCUGAUGAACGAGAUUUAAUCAUGUUUUUUAUUAUUUAUUUAUCCAUUUUUAGUGUAAAUUUGAGCUGUAUGAUAUUAAAUAUACUAUUUUUGCAAACAACUCAGUACAAACUGUAACUGUAAUUAAACAAUUGAUUCAAAACAAUGAAAACAUUACGCUUUACAUUGCGUAAAUUUCAUAGAACUUAAGUAAUUUAUAAUUUGUAUAAUAGAUAAAUUGUUGAGUUAUAACUUUGCAAUUACAC